CUCCACUACAGCCCCGUCGAUGAGAAUGUGGGCUUGCUCGGUGCUCUUUUUCCUGUAGUCCACAAGGGGGCAAUGUUCUGGUCUAGAAGCACAGUUUCGACUGCUCCUACAGUUUUGCUUCAGUACUGCAGUUUAUCUGACACGGCCCAGAAAGACAAUGUUCAUACAUUGCCACAUAGAGAAGUGAGAUUUGAACAUUUCAAAUAAAACAUUGUGCUCAAAACAUCCAUUGAAUAAUUCCAAUAAUUGUCGCUUGUGCUGAUUUUGUUUUCUCCAUCACUUCCAGCCGAAGAUACUAACAUUUUAUAUUCAUCAAACAUCUGCCAUGUUUUAAGAUGACGUGAUGUCAUCACUACUCACGAUGCUCCCUGCACACUGAGUGCUAUUGAGCGUGUAAUGUUGGUCCGUAUAAACCGGAUAUAGAUGUUCAAUUAAUCGGCGUAUGCAAACAUGAGUAGAUCACCUUUUAAACAAUGGUCAGACAUCUUUGAUGCAAUCUCUAGUUAUUAUUAUACCUCAGCGGUGACAGCAUAGGCAGUGCCAUUGAGGCUAUCUCCAUUGUAAAGUAGUCUAUUUUAUUCUUCACUAUUGGAUGAUUCCUCCUGAUGACCCAGUUGGACAUGACUACAACAGGAGGGAUUAGCCAAUGAAAGUCCCACCCAGUUGACUUCAUUAAAAUGUUGGAUGCCCUCAAUUGUUUUGUCUAUGCUAAGACGGCCUUUUGGCCACUAGAGGCAUCUAUCAUUCUCUAUGGUCCCUUCCUGUUUUGUUCCGUUUGCUCUGUUUACUACCGUUUGGUUCUUAAACUGAGUCAUUUAAAGCUACUGUAUCCAACAGAGCUGGGUCUUCUCCAGGGCUCACCUGCAGAACUGGUCACAGACUAUGAGAAGAAUGAAGACUUCCUGUGUAAAAUACACAGGGUUUUGCUGGACGUGAAGGUGCUGGAGGGCUGUCUGCAGUGCCCAGAGUCUGGCCGUGAGUUCCCCAUCUCCCGGGGGGUCCCCAACAUGCUGCUGAAUGAGGAUGAGGCAUAGAGGAGAGUGGUUGGGGGGGUUGGUUACCCCCAACAUGCUGCUGAAUGAGGAUGAGGCAUAGAGGAGAGUGGUAGGGGGGGGGUUACCCCCAACAUGGGUUCUUAGAUGUACAGAGAGAAAUACACCACUUAUCCAUACGGUAACCCCCCAUUCGCCCAUCUCCACCAUCUCACACCAACCAUUCAUUGUAUGGGACUGCUGGCAUUAGAAGUGAGGGGGAAAAAUGGAAUCCUGUUUAAGACUGUAUAGGAAGAAAUAUAUGUUGAAGUGGUUAUAUAGUACAUGUGGCAAUGGAAUGUGAAUACACCGCUGCCCCCAAAAAACCACAGAACGGAUCUGAAUGCUUCUAUGUUGUCCAAUAUCUGGGAGAUGAUUUUGUUUAAUUUAUUCAUUUAAUACAAAGUAUAAUUUAUUGGUUUCCUUGACACCCUAAAAUACUUUCCCUUGUAAUUAAGUUACACAGAUAAAUAAAUCCAGGUUCAGACCUACAAUACAGUUAAACAUGCAUACCGGUAGUAUAUCCACUCAUGAAUGAAAGGUAAUGUCAAAUUGUGAUAAAUCACCAAACCAUG